GGCUGCUUCCGGCCCAUGGACUUGUUCUGGACCAGGAUCCGCGAUGAUCGUAGUGGGCCGCUUUGGUGGACAGCAAGCAGCUGGAUGCUAGCACAUAAAAAAAAAACAGGAUUCCCUCAAAAAAAAAAAGGAGUGGCCGGCCAUUUCCUUGGUCGGCUCCGCGACCUCUGCUUCGCUCGGUCACACACCCCCACCAACUCCGACGGCGAUAAUGCUCCUCGUCGACGGCGAGCCCGUCCCCUGCUCCACCCCCGAGGGGAGCAGCGGGAGGGAGCUCGUGGCGGCGCUCAUGGGGAACCCCGGGCUGCGCGCCGCGUCCGAGCGGCUCAGGGCCGCGCCGGAGAGGCGGGUCCCGUCGGGGCCGGAGGGGCCCAGGCACGUGUACGUGUUCCAGCGGGAGUACGCCACGGUCGAUCCGGCGCGCGUCGAGGUGCGUUGUGCUCAGGUCUUCGAUCGAGCAGGGAUUGGGGAUCCUUGGUCCGAUCCGCGCCGUUUGAAUCAGUUGCGCGGUUCCGUGUUUUGCUGCCUCAGCGACGACUUUUCGUUUCCCAAUGGUGGAAAUCGUACCUGUGUUGCCUCCUGUUAGUGGGCACAGAUGAGAUGACUACAUGUGUGGGUGUUGCGAUUCGCAACAACAAGACUGGAAUGACUUCCAUUAGCCAUAUGGACUUCCCAAAGAUUGUAGAAGGAGGAUUCAAACAGAUGCUAGAAUUACUUGGUGAUGACGACGAACCAUUUGAUGUUCACCUGAUUGGUGGCUUCGAUGAUGCUUCUACAAAGGUAGUCUAUUCUUCUGGAGGAAAGCACAGCAUACAGGAAGGAUACUCCCAUCCACUUUGUUGCAAGAUAGUUGAAGUGCUGCAUAAAUCCCAGCAACGGUUCCACCUCCGGUCUUUCUGUGUCCUUGGGAUCAACACUAUGACUGAUUCUUACGGGAAUGCACGACCCAUAGUUGGUGGAUUUGUGAUGCAAACAUCAUCGGGAGUUGUUACUCCUGCAAGCUUUGACAUCACUUCAAGGUGUCCUGAUGAAAUAGUCAGAAGAAUUCGUGUGAGUGUUUCUUCUUAUGAUCCAAAUUGGCGAGGAAAGUUACUGGAGACUUACGACACACAUGCUGAUAUUUUCCAAAUUGCCCCUGCCUGCUGGAUGCCAGAUUGGGCAGAAAUGGCAUCCUCACUUAACCAGCUUUCAGACUCUGAAGUCCUGCUUCAAUGCUCCACCUCUCCAGCUGCAGAACCACCUCAUUUUGUGGAAACUGAGAGAAGGAUAUGGAAAUACUUGAUCGAGAACCCAGACUGGGAAGAUGCAUUUCCAAAGUACAAGCCCCGGGUCUUCCACUGGACGAAUGAUGGCAGGUGGUCAAGGCACUCUUAGCAUCAUCCUUUUCCUGUCUUGCCAUCCAUUGGUGCUCUACAAGCGGAGCAGUGACAGAUUAUGGUCACACCAGCACUUAUAUGAUCCCAUUCAUUUCGUCCAUUUCCAUACGCCUUUCAUCUUCAGUUAUCUCAUGCAUUAGCCAUGGGUGAUUCAGGAUUAUUCGGUUCUUCCGUAAAUGUAUGCUGAGAAACCGGUCUGAAGUUGAUGCAUUAAGCACGGUUUGUGUGUUGUGUGGUAGAUUCAUUGUUGGUUCAUACCUGACCUCUGAAAUUCGAUUUGGUCGGUUAAAUGUUUGCGUGCAA